AUGGAGCCGCAGCGAGGAGCGGAGCCGCAGGUCGUGUGGGGCGCCGGCGUCGAUGUCGCCGCGGCGCCAGCUUCUUCCGCCCGGCACGCGCUGGAGCAGGAGGUGCUGUACCGCGCCCAUCUGCAGCUGCUGCAGGGGCACGGAGCCACCGGCGACCGGCGCAGGGAGCGGCGGAUCAAGAACCGCGAGUCGGCGACGCGGUCCCGCGCGCGCAGGCACGCGUACAUGAACGAGCUGGAGAAGGAGGUGCGCCUCCUCCGCGCGGAGAACGAGCAGCUAAAAAAGCUCUGCGAGGAGGUCAGCUGCAAGCUGGAGGAGGCAGCAGAGGCGCCUAUGCCGGUGAAGCGGACUCCCCAGCUGCAGAGGACCUCGUCGGCGCCGUUCUAG